CGGGGUUCUCACGGCGCGCCCGGGCGCGGGGACGGGGGAGGGGGUCUCGGGGGAGGCCCGGCGGCUCUAAUUGGCUUCUCAAUGAAAGAUAAUCACCUAUUCCCCCGAGAGGCUGGGGAUUAGCACUCUGCCUCUCCUCCCCGCCGCUCUAGACGUCUCGUCCCUGCCCUCGGAGCUCUCCGUCCGCUCGGCACCAGGGGCCCGCAGCCCGCGGCUCCCGCGCUCGCGCUACUCCGGGGUCCGCGCCCGCCCGGCUUCCCUCGGCGCGCCCGCCGCCCCGGCCCCCGCGGAAACUUGGGCGGAGGGGCCCGGGGGGAAGAUGAGCGAGCUGGAGGAGGACUUCGCCCAGAUUCUCAUGCUCAAGGAGGAGCGGAUCAAAGAGCUGGAGAAGCGGCUGUCGGAGAAGGAGGAGGAGAUCCAGGAGCUGCGGCGGAAGCUGCACAAAUGCCAGUCGGUGCUGCCCGCGCCCUCGCCGCACAUCGGGCCGCGCACCACCCGGGCGCAGGGCAUCUCGGCCGAGCCGCAGACCUACCGCUCCUUCCACGACCUGCGACAGGCGUUCCGGAAGUUCACCAAGUCCGAGAGGUCCAAGGAUCUCAUAAAGGAAGCUAUCCUUGACAAUGACUUUAUGAAGAACCUGGAGCUGUCGCAGAUCCAAGAGAUUGUGGAUUGUAUGUACCCGGUGGAAUAUGGCAAAGACAGUUGCAUCAUCAAAGAAGGCGACGUGGGCUCCCUGGUGUAUGUAAUGGAAGAUGGGAAGGUGGAAGUCACAAAGGAAGGGGUGAAGCUGUGCACCAUGGGUCCAGGAAAAGUGUUCGGGGAGUUGGCGAUUCUGUACAACUGUACUCGGACAGCUACCGUCAAGACUCUGGUGAAUGUGAAACUCUGGGCCAUCGAUCGACAAUGUUUUCAAACAAUCAUGAUGAGGACAGGACUCAUCAAACAUACCGAGUAUAUGGAAUUUUUAAAAAGUGUCCCGACAUUCCAGAGCCUUCCUGAAGAGAUCCUCAGUAAGCUUGCCGAUGUCCUUGAAGAGACCCACUAUGAGAACGGGGAGUAUAUCAUCAGGCAAGGUGCAAGAGGGGACACCUUCUUCAUCAUCAGCAAAGGCACGGUUAAUGUCACUCGGGAAGACUCAUCAAGUGAAGACCCGCUCUUUCUUAGAACUUUAGGAAAAGGAGACUGGUUUGGAGAGAAAGCCUUGCAGGGGGAGGAUGUGAGGACCGCCAACGUAAUUGCUGCAGAGGCUGUGACCUGCCUGGUCAUCGACAGAGACUCUUUCAAGCAUUUGAUUGGAGGACUGGAUGACGUGUCUAAUAAAGCCUAUGAGGACGCAGAAGCUAAAGCAAAAUAUGAAGCCGAAGCUGCUUUCUUCGCCAACCUGAAGCUGUCUGACUUCAACAUCAUCGACACCCUUGGAGUCGGGGGCUUCGGACGAGUGGAGCUGGUCCAGCUGAAAAGUGAGGAGUCCAAGACGUUUGCCAUGAAGAUUCUCAAGAAACGCCACAUCGUGGAUACCAGACAGCAGGAGCACAUUCGGUCGGAGAAGCAGAUCAUGCAGGGGGCUCAUUCGGACUUCAUAGUGAGACUGUACAGAACAUUCAAGGACAGCAAAUAUUUGUAUAUGCUGAUGGAAGUUUGCCUAGGUGGAGAGCUUUGGACCAUUCUCAGGGAUAGAGGUUCAUUCGAAGAUUCUACGACCAGAUUUUACACAGCGUGUGUGGUGGAAGCAUUCGCCUAUCUGCAUUCCAAAGGGAUCAUUUACAGGGACCUCAAGCCAGAAAAUCUCAUCCUGGAUCACCGAGGCUACACCAAGCUGGUUGAUUUUGGCUUUGCGAAGAAAAUAGGAUUUGGAAAGAAAACAUGGACGUUUUGUGGGACUCCUGAGUACGUGGCCCCAGAGGUCAUCCUGAACAAAGGCCACGACAUCUCAGCUGACUACUGGUCCCUGGGGAUCCUGAUGUAUGAGCUUCUGACUGGCAGCCCGCCGUUCUCAGGCCCAGACCCUAUGAAAACCUAUAAUAUCAUACUGAGGGGGAUUGACAUGAUAGAAUUUCCAAAGAAGAUUGUCAAAAAUGCUGCUAAUUUAAUUAAAAAACUAUGCAGGGAUAACCCGUCAGAAAGACUAGGGAAUUUGAAAAAUGGCGUGAAAGACAUUCAAAAGCACAAAUGGUUUGAGGGCUUUAAUUGGGAAGGCUUAAGAAAAGGCACCUUAACACCUCCUAUAAUACCAAGUGUUGCAUCACCCACAGACACAAGCAAUUUCGACAGUUUCCCUGAGGACAAUGACGAGCCCCCACCUGAUGACAACUCAGGCUGGGACAUAGACUUCUAAUGUAUUUCUCUUACCUGCUUCUGCCUUGCUGAAGUCAGCUUUCUCUGAGACACAGCUGCCAGCAAACCUGAGGGACGGAGAGAAGAUUAGUGCUCGGGGUCACCGUGAUGCCUUUGA